AUGGCCACCGUCCAAUCUAGCAACAGUCAGCCCCCUCUCCCUUCUUCUCUUCCUCCUCCGCCGCCGCCUCCCGACGCUGUUCCCUCCUCGUCUGCCAAUGAAAGCACCACUCGUUUGAGUGUAGCCAACUCGGACGCUGCUUCACGCAGAUCCUCCCUGGGUUUCUUGCGUCGUUCGAAAUCAACUGAGCCGCUCUCUGAGCGCAAGAGCUCCAACGGCAAAGUCAGCAGGAAAAUGAAGGAACAAUUGCGAGAGGAGGAACUCCGUCGCCAGCGCGAAUCGAUUCCAAAGCAAGCCCCGCGUCUCCCUGAUCUCUCGCCAGCACCAAAAAUGCAGACAUUCGGCGGAGAAGAACAAGUCGCAAAAGUGCCUGCACCAGCCACGGACAGUCGAACAAUCGCUGCACAUCUCAGCAUGCCGCCGCCAGCAAUCGAUCCGUAUGCACGAACUGAGAGCAUGACUCAUCGUGGUCGUUACAGCUACGCUAGCAGCGCGGUCAGCACGAUCAAUAGUCCCCGCAGACUGCGACGACGCAAGGAUCCUACCCCUUACAAUCUUCUAGUUGUUGGCGCUAAGAACAGCGGGAAGACGUCGUUUCUCAACUUUUUGCGCAAAUCACUUGCGCUUCCUCCAAACAAACUCCCCAUUCGCUCUUCUGAAGACAUCUUGGAGGAAAUCAAUUCAUCCACUAACCCCAACUUUACGUCGCAUUACCUGGAGACCGAAAUCGAAGGCGAACGUGUUGGGCUUACGCUAUGGGAUUCCGAAGGCUUGGACAAGAAUGUCGUCGAUCUACAACUGCGUGACAUUACUGCCUUUCUGGAGAGCAAGUUCGAGGACACUUUGAUGGAGGAAAUGAAAGUCGUGCGCUCUCCUGGUGCACGCGACACUCAUAUCCACUGCGUUUUUUGGAUUCUCGACCCUGUCCGCUUGGAUUCCAACCUUGCCGCUGCCCAGAAAGCUGCCGGACACGCCAAUGGUAAAUACACCAAUUCAUCACGUGUCGUUGGUAUCCUCGACGAGGAAAUUGAUCUUCAAUUUCUUCGCGUGAUGCAGGGCAAGACAGCUGUUGUGCCUGUCAUCAGCAAAGCUGACACCAUCACCACUGCGCACAUGGCAUACUUGAAGAAGGCGGUUUGGGAUAGCUUAAAGCAGGCUAGGAUCGAUCCAUUGGAGGUUCUCAUUUUGGAAGAGGCGGAGGAAGACGACUCAGAAGCCGCUGCUGACGACGAUGAUGAAGAUUCUGACGUUACGCCCGUUGCUGAGAAUGGGACAUCCGAGGCUAAGGCGGACGAGGAGACCGAAAAUGCGGCAGACGAAGACGCUGAAAUACAGGAGAAACUCCCUAAAGCGUCCCCUACACGGAGCCACCGGUCAAAUAAUUCCGUCUCAAUUACGUCCACCACUGACACGCCUUUCAUCCCUCUGUCUAUUCUGUCACCAGACCCGCAUUCUUUGGAUUCGCCUGAUCUGCCCGUUGGUCGACACUUCCCAUGGGGGUAUGCAGACCCUUAUAACCCAGAGCAUUGCGAUUUCGUGAAACUCAAAGAGUCUGUCUUCAAGGACUGGCGUGCUGAGCUGCGCGAAGCUAGCCGCGAGGUUUGCUAUGAACGCUGGCGCACAAGUCGAUUGAAUAUAAAACAGGCUACUCCUAGAAAGCCUAGCCACACCGGACGUUAUGGGCCUCCACCAUCAAAGAGUGGUCGCGUAACUCGAUAG